AUUAUUUCGCACCCCUCGCUCUCCGGUUCCCGCCCUUGUAAUUAUAGGUCACUUUAAUAUAUGGUUGUUGUUACAACCGUAUACCUUGAUGACCAGUGGUCCUUUAACCUACUUUCCAUAUAGUAUAGAAACUGCAUAUAUAACACGAAGCUUACUGGUCAGCGACUGGUCAGGUCAAAGAGGCGGAACGCACCCUACGUACGUCUUACUCAUGAAAGUGUGAGUGGAAGAUGGACCUGUUAUCUAAAGAAGAAGCUACAAUAUUUGUUGAAAAUGUCCUAGGACUCACUGACAUCCAGAUGAGACUUAAUACAGACAAAUUGUCCUUUCUGAACGACAUCAUUUACGAAUACCAUUGCAAAGUUCCAUUUCACAACUUGGAUGUGUUGGCGCUACCAGUUUCUGAAAGGAGAAUACCAAAUCUGACAGAAUUGAAAGAGAGGGGUCUUUCCGGCAGAGGCGGUCUUUGCUACCAAAAUAAUACUUUUCUGUAUUUCGUCUUACGAGUUUUAGGUUAUGACAUCAGUUUGGCAAAAGGCCAAGUAGAUAUUCCAGGGGACCACGUGCUGUUAGUAGCACAUGAUGUUGUGAUGUCAGACGACAAUUACCUUAUUGAGGCCGGCAUGGGAUAUCCGACAUUGAAAGCGAUCCCUUUAGAUUUUCAAGACGAAUCGCCAGUGUACACGUUUUCAUUUUGUACCUUCAAAUACGUCCACCAGAAUGGUGGAGAGUUUUAUCGAAUGCACAAAGAGAAAAGUGACGUAGAAAAUACCUGGCGGCAAGUGUACAGAUUUAACUCCGCUCAUUGUAUUCUCAAGGAUUUCGAAAGCUCGAUGGUCAUACCGUACACAGACCCAACCUCAAUCUUUCUCAAUUCUUUCAGAGCUGUUCGUUUCCCAAAUGGCAAGCUGCUGGCUAUUAAGAACAGUUCGAUAUUGGAAGACAAAAACGAUAGAGUUGUUUCCACUAAGUUGAAAGAUUCUGAAGCCCUAACGAAUGCCUUGUGCCUCCUGUUUCCAAUGGUCAGCAAUCCAAAAGAGGUGAUGCAAUCUGCCGUUGAAAUGAUUGUAACAUUUUAAUGCUAUAAUUAACAGAUAUCUAGAUAACGCACUGUUGUCAUCCUGUAGAUGUGCUACUUUCAUCAUUAAGAUGUAGAGAAGCUUUAAGUGUCAACAGAACGUAUAAAUGUUUUGUUUUCCAAUGGACGAUUGUAGAACGGAGCUACUGAUUAAACGUUAUCCUUAGCCAAGCUACUUCAUCACCUCUCAUCACCUUAUAAUGCAUAUAUACAUGUAUAUACGGAUACCAGCAA